AUGGCGAGACCCACUGCUUGCUUUGCUCUGUCAGCCGUCCUAGUGCUUGCCACCGGGAUUUGUUCUGGAAAUGGGCAGAUCCUGGGGGAGCCGAUUCCAACAGAUCCGGUUACCGGGUGUUUGCAGUUUCCUGGUGGUUACCUUCCCCUUAACCGUCCUUUUCAUGUAUUCGAGUUCCUUGCCAAGUUGCCGCCGAUGAGGAUAAUCAGCAGGGGUAACACUAGCCUGAGCAUAGCCGCUGAUGACAACGGCAACGUUGUUCUUGCCAAAACCAACUGCCGGGACCUCCGACAGCUGUGGGUUCAGCACUUCCCCUACCCUGGUGAGAAUCGGUUCUCGCUGGUGAACCUCGCCAAUGAAAAGUGGUAUGAGAUGCGGGCACUGAUGAUCCUUGAAGAAGACGGUACUUACCCGGCGAUGAAGCUAGGGAAAUACGGCCCCUGGAACGUGCCUGCAUAUGCGCUGUGGACGCAGGACACCCCGCUCUUCUGCGAUGGCUUUUGCAAGAUACGGUCCUGCUACAAAGAUGAACAUUUGGUCCUGGACGGACUACAUGGGAACGUACACGAGGGCACGGUUGUAGGGGCCUAUCCUGCUCACCAUUCUGCGGAUAACGUCCUAUGGAAGAUGGAAGGCUUCUUGUCCAAUCCCUGA